GAUGCUGGAGAAUCUAGGUCUGUAUUCUUCAACACUAUCCUUCAAUAUUCCCCGUCCUGCAACCUUCCAAUAAUCGUCUCCGCACUCUGACAUAUAUCAUUGCAACCAUGGCCGAAGACCGACUAAAUGUGGUUAUUAUCGGAGGCUCACUAGCUGGUUUAAUGGAAGGCGCGAUACUGAAGCAGCUUUCUCAUAAUGUCCACGUUCUUGAACAGUACCCGAACUCCAUUCGAGAAAGUCAGGCAGCUGGGAUGAGUACAGGCAUUUAUGGCCGGGAACUUUUGAAGAAAUAUGAUAAGAUCGAAGAUCACCCACACUUUGUUACCGCGUCCAAACUAGAGGUCGUCGACGCUAGGCUCAAUGUGACAGAAAGCCGUUCCGUCUCGUUCAAACUAACUAAUUGGAAAACGUUUUAUUACCGUUUGAGGGCAAAUUUCGAUGAGUUCAAGAGCGAAUACGUUCCAAAACCUCCUCCUAGCCUUUUAAAAGAGGGACAGGCAGUUGUGUAUGACGUUGGGAAACGGGUCACCAAUGUGUCUUACAAUAAGGAGGCUGGGCUCAGCGUCACCUACGAGGAUUUUCAAACUGGAUCUAACGAGGUUCUUCAUCCCGAUCUUAUUAUUGCUGCAGAUGGCGUGGGCUCAGCCACCAGAAAGAUUCUAUUUCCGGAUUUGAAGACCCCAUACUCCGGGAUUCUUACCUAGCGAGGUAUAGUGCCAAGAAAUGUUGUUUCUAAGAAACCUUGAGCUUUCUCUUUGACAGAUGCAUCCGUUACUAUGCUGAUCGGUAUUGCAUUGUAGUGUAUGCUUCUGUUAUUAUGUCUAUGACGUGGAGGCUCUGCUAAAAUAAGAAUAGAUAUUUGAUCCCGGGAGACGAUGGCAGUAUCAGACCGGGAGAAAGACACGUGAAUCUAGUCUGGUACGAAACUUGUCACAAAGACUCUCCUGAGCAUCUUUCUAUAAUGACUGAUGUUGAUGGAAAACAACAUCAGAGAACUGUGCCAUUUGGUAAAGUCCGUCCAAGCAUCUGGACACAAAAGCAAGCCUACAGCAGUGCAAACUUCCCUUCCCCCAUAAAAGAGUUAGUAAAUAAGAUCGAAAUACCGUUUGUCACA